CUCUUCUGUUGCGUUAUGAGUUUGAGACUUGCGCCACUACCAUAUAAGACUGGAUACCCUUCACAGAGGUCGUAAGUCCUUUAUUAAAACGUAGCUGGCUCUUCACUGAAACCAUCAGUUCAACAGUUGGUGCAUAAUCUGCCAGUCUUGUGCAAGUGCACAAGAUUUAAACUGCAACCAUGUUACAAGCUCCUUGGCUUAAAGGGAUGGUUCUACUGUUAGCUACCAUAGUUGUUAGCAGUCCGGCAAGAAAAGUUCUCCAUUCCAAGUCACCCAGUGGAGGAUCACAAGGCUAUGAAGCUAAACAUUCUACAGGCCAUUCCAUUUCAAGACGAAGUGUUGACGUGCCAACCAUCAACAUGGCUAAGGCCCAUGUUGAUGAUUUACAUUUACCAAGGGAUGUAACACCAAUGGCUUACCAUCUAGAACUUCAUCCAUUUCCUGAUGAUGGUUACUUUAAGGGUCGUGUGCGCAUAAACAUCACGUGUCAUGAGGCAACAAACACCAUAACAUUACAUGCUCAUGAGAGCCUGCACAUAGCACAUUCUGAGGUUUCUGUGAAGCAGCUUGGAGGAGGGUCUGCUUCAUCAGAAUCAAAAGAUACAAACGUUAAGACUGAUUAUCCUUUCAGGCACAUUGGGGAAUAUGGGUCUUCAUUAUCAUCAUUGUUUCCUGUUACAAUCUCCAGCACAAAGAAGGAACCUUCAAAGCACUGGUAUGUUAUAACCUUAGCAGACAAACUGAAGAAAGAUCUAGCCUAUCAGCUGGACCUCUCAUUCACAGGCACCUUGACUAAUGAUACAACAGAGGGUUUCUUCCGUGCCAGUUACCAGCUUCACCGAACCAAGGAAACAAGAUGGUUUGCAGCAACCAAAAUGUCACCAAGAAAUGCUCGACGAGUCUUCCCAUGUUUUGAUGAACCAGAAAUGAAGGCUUCAUUUAAAAUCAGUGUUGCAAAGACCAGCCGUAUGGUUGCUCUUUCCAACAUGCCUGUCAAAUCCAAUGAGAAAAUGGUGAAUGAGACUGAGUGGACCUGGGUACACUUCCAAGAAACUCCCCCCAUGUCAACCUUUUCUUUGGCAGUUGUUGUUUUGGAUUUGGAGAGUGUAUCUGUAACAAAAGCAGCUUAUGCUGGAGGUGCUGUGACCAUGUCCAUAUUUGUACAACCCAGCUUCCUCUCCCAAGUGCAGCAUGUUUUGGAAAAGGCAUUUCUGGUGGCGGAGUUUAUAGAGAACUACCUGAAAGUUCCAUUUCCACUACCAAAACUCGAUAUGGUGGCCCUACCUCGGUAUUCUGAUCCUGAGCCAGCAAACCACUGGGGACUUAUCAUUCUGAAGGAAAGUGAUUUAGUGAAUGAAGAGACUCUGUCAUGGCGCCUGGCUGCUGAAGUGUCUAAGCAGUGGUUCGGUCACCUAGUGAGCCCUACUUGGGGUAAUGCCAGGAUUAACAAGGCCCUUGCUUACUAUCUGGCCACUAUGGCAGCAAAGCAGGACAAAUGGAACUGGAAUCUAGUGACAGGCUACUCUCUGUAUUAUGAAUUCAGCAAGCGCCAUCCAUAUUCCAGUCUUGGCUCUCAGGAAGAGUACAUCAAGAUUAUUAGAAUUCAGUGGCUGCUCCGAAUGCUGAACUACACUCUUACAGAAGUCACAUUCAGAGAUGGACUAAGAAAAUUCCUUCAGGAGAAGAAGUUCAAAACAUAUAAUGAAGACGAAGUUUGGAGAGCACUAACCAGUCAAGCAAGAGAAGAUAUGACCCUAGAGGAACCAAUCACAGUGCAACAAAUUGCAAAGUCUUGGAUUACAAAAGAUCGUUUUCCAGUGGUAACUGUGACAAGAGACUAUGAUGAUAACUCGGCCCAUGUAGAGCAGCAUGUAUUCUUAAAAGAGCAUUCUCAUGACGUGUAUGAGCAAGACUCUCUGCUGUGGUGGGUUCCUUUGAUAUAUGUAACAUAUGACAACCUGGAUCCCAGUGCUGUUCAUGAUACAGUCAUGUGGAUGAAAGAGGAGAGACACACAAACAUCGUCAACCUGCCCGGGCCCGACUACUUCAUCAUCGUCAAUCCAGACGAGAUAGGUAUGUUCAUGGUGAACUAUGACCAGCAAAACUGGGCCCUUCUCUUAGACUACCUGCUUGGCUCUGGGCCACAGAUCUCCUCUGCAACAAGAGCGAAGCUGUUGCACGAUGCCUGGAACCUGGCAUAUGGAGGAGAAUUGGACAUGGCAACUGCUCUCAACAUGACUCUGAUCCUGGAGCAAGAGACAGAUCUGUCUGUCUGGGAAGUCAUGUUUACAAUGAUCGACCAUCUUGGAAGGUGCAUCAGUGGUACUGAUGCUGGUCUUAAGUUUGAGGAGUAUGCUCGUUUAAUACUGACAAGACUCACAGAAUCUCUGGGAGCUCCUCAAACAGAUGAAUGCAGUAAGAAGACAAAAUUGCGGUCACUUGCUCGUUUCUGCUUGUGUCAACUUGGCCACCAGCCAUGUGUGACAGAUGCUAGAGAAACAUACUCAGUGUGGAUGCAGAAUGAAGACCCCAAUGCUGGAAAUGUUGUUCCAGAACUAUAUAUGUGCACAGUGUUCCAGUGGGGUACAAUGGAAGAAUGGAAGUUUGGUCUACAAAGACUGAUUCAUUUUCCAGCUGGUAGAAACUGGUCAGAGCGAUACUACCUACUUAAGACACUGGCAGGUUGCCCAAGGCAGCAGGAGAAAGUUGAGAGGAUUCUGAACAUCACUUUAUUGGAAAGCAAUGACAACUUCACAGAUUCAGAUGUGCGCCUGGUUCUGAACAUGCUCACAGGUAGUUCUGCUGGCUACACCACACUUUUCAAUUUCCUUUCUGAGAACUGGGAAGGACUGAGGCAGAGAUUGACAGGGAAGUCUCAUAUGUGGGAAUACCUGGUGCAUGCUGCAACUGAGAUGUUCAAAACACUGGAAGGUUACAACAUGGUAUCAGAACUGUAUGUGACUCAUCAGGGCGAAUUUGGAACUGCUGAAUCAAUUGUGGAGCAGGCUCUCCGCACAGUGAGUGCUGAAGCCCGGUGGAGUGAUGUGAAUUUGCCUGUUCUGGAAGCAUGGCUAGACAGCCAUCUGCCUCUUAGCAGUAACACUGGCAGCACUGCUGCUCCAUGAGCACGUUGUUUGUAUGAGGUAGUAGUGCUGGUAAUAAUAUUCACUGUACUGUAAUGGGGUAUGUAUUUGCAGUUAGUGGGAUUGGCCUGUUGAUCUGUUCAAAUAGUGUAUUAGACCUGUAAUAAAAGGUUAUGUAGUCUCAUUAUUUUUCACUGAAUGUUGUUAUAGAAUGAUAUGAUUAGGAAUCAUGGCACUGAGCACUUUCAAUAAAAACUUUUAGUGAGUGAAUUUGAA